AUGGCCAAGGUCAACACCCAAUACUCCCAGCCCUCCCAGAACCACCUCACAGUAAAGACCAUGGACAGAGACCUCGAUCAUAUUGAGAAUGGCCUUGGCAGGGCCCAUUUGCCAUGUGAGGAAACAUCAACAUCAUCUGCACUGCAGCAGAGGAUCGCCAUGGAGACCAGAGGACUGGCUGGAUCCAGGGGGAGCUCCUUCACUGGCCAUGCACCUGCCAGGUUGUCACACCUCAUCAUCUCACUGCGCGCCUGGGCCACCAGGCACUCACAUCAUGAGGAUCAGAGACCUGACUCUUUUCUGGAGCGUUUCCAUGUAACUGAGCUUAAAGAGGUGUCCAGUCAAGAAAGCAAUGCCCUGUCAAAUGUGGGCUGCCAGGAGCCACCAGACAUAGGAAGAAGCACCUGGCCUCUGGCCAGAAGCAAUGCUAAUGCUUGCAACAACUCCACAGAGAAGGAAAAGAAGAAGGGAGCCAUUGUAGUGGACCCUUCUAGCGACACCUACUACCACUGGCUGACUGUCAUCGCCCUGCCGGUCUUCUAUAACUGGUGUCUGCUUGUGUGCAGGGCCUGUUUUGAUGAGCUUCAAUCUGAGCACCUGGUGCUGUGGCUAGUGCUGGACUACUCAGCAGAUGCCCUCUAUGGCUUGGAUAUGCUGGUGCGAGCCCGGACAGGUUUUCUUGAGCAAGGCUUAAUGGUCAAGGAUGCUACAAGGCUGUGGAAACACUACACAAAGACCUUGUACUUCAAGCUAGACAUGUUAUCUCUGGUCCCCACGGACCUAGCUUACUUGAAGUUGGGCAUCAACUACCCAGAACUGAGGUUCAACCGCCUACUGAAGUUUUCCCGGCUCUUUGAAUUCUUUGACCGCACAGAGACAAGAACCAACUACCCCAAUGUGUUUAGGAUUGGGAACUUGGUCUUGUACAUCCUUAUCAUUAUCCACUGGAAUGCCUGCAUCUACUUUGCCAUUUCCAAGUUUAUUGGUUUUGGGACAGACUCCUGGGUCUACCCAAACAUCUCCAAGCCAGAGUAUGGGCGCCUCUCCAGGAAGUACAUUUAUAGUCUCUACUGGUCCACCUUGACCCUGACCACCAUUGGCGAGACCCCACCCCCUGUGAAAGAUGAGGAGUAUCUCUUUGUGGUCAUAGACUUCUUGGUGGGCAUUCUGAUUUUUGCCACCAUUGUAGGCAACGUGGGUUCCAUGAUUUCAAACAUGAAUGCUUCCAGGACAGAGUUCCAGGCCAAGAUUGACUCCAUCAAGCAAUACAUGCAGUUCCGAAAGGUGACCAAGGACUUGGAGACACGGGUUAUCCGGUGGUUUGACUAUCUAUGGGCCAACAGGAAGACAGUGGAUGAAAAAGAGGUUCUCAAGAGCCUCCCAGAUAAGCUGAAGGCUGAGAUCGCCAUCAAUGUACACCUGGACACUCUGAAGAAGGUCCGCAUCUUCCAGGACUGUGAGGCAGGCCUGCUGGUGGAGCUGGUACUGAAGCUGAGGCCCACUGUGUUCAGCCCUGGAGAUUAUAUCUGCAAAAAGGGGGACAUUGGGAGGGAGAUGUACAUCAUCAAGGAGGGCAAGCUAGCUGUGGUGGCCGAUGAUGGGGUCACCGAGUUUGUGGUCCUCAGUGAUGGCAGUUACUUUGGGGAGAUCAGCAUCUUAAACAUCAAGGGAAGCAAGACAGGGAACCGCAGGACAGCCAACAUUAGGAGUAUCGGCUACUCGGACCUGUUCUGCCUCUCCAAGGAUGACCUGAUGGAGGCCCUCACCGAAUAUCCUGAUGCCAAGAAGGCCCUGGAGGAGAAGGGACGGCAGAUCCUGAUGAAGGACAACCUGAUCGACGACGACCUGGCCAAGGCUGGGGUGGACCCCAAGGACAUUGAGGAGAAGGUGGAGCACCUGGAGUCCUCCCUGGACAUUCUGCAGACCAGGUUUGCUCGGCUCUUGUCCGAGUACAACGCCACACAGAUGAAAAUGAAACAGCGCCUCAGCCAGCUUGAGAGCCAGGUGAAGGUGGGUGGGAGUGACCUCCCUUCUGACAGAGAGAUUCCUGAGGAUUCUGCAAAGGCAGAGGACAAAUGA